AUGCCUUUUCCAGAACCAAUUCCAGGACUUAUUUCUCACUUGCCCAACAAAAAUACAACGCCUUUUACUUCUUUAGAAGAUGUGAAUACAGCAGUUCAGUUGUUGAUAGUGAAAAUAGCUAGUGAGCGACGAUACUCGGGCGUCGGUGCCAUUCAUGAUGAGCUCUUUAAAUCUGUCGCCGGCGAUUCGGCUUACCUUUUAGGACCUACAACAUCCCUACCUGCGGUACUUGAAUUGUGCCGAGUGGAGUUUUUUCAUCCAAAUAUUUACAGAGCAUUUGAUAUUGAGACAAGAAGCUCCCAAGUGGCCAGUGAAAACCCUUUAACAUUUUCUUCUGAAAAGGUCUUGGAGGAGCUUAACGCCUGUAUCUUUGCCAAUAGGUAUAAGCUGCCAUCCUCUCUCAGCUGCUCACGUGGUUCCUCUUCAAAUUGGUGGGAAGCUACGUUUGUACGCCACAUGUUGGCCAAACUAGGGGAUCCAAGUGUUUCUGCGUCAUCCGUGGCUAGUCCAUUUAAUACAAGACCUACGGCCUUACCUGUAGGUCAAAGAAGCACUUAUCCCGAUGUGCGUGAAUUCAACCUUAAUCGCCUCGCAUCCUACGGAAUUAGAUUCAAAGGUUUUUCGCAGAUGCUAGAGAGUGUUCUUAGAAUGCUUCGACCAGAAAGUCUGUCUCGUGCCUCCAAAAUAGCGCAAGAUAUGAUUGAUGCUGAUGUUCUCAAAAUUUAUCAAACGUUUGUAGAAAAUCUACUCAGCCCAAAUGCCCUAGAGGUUCUUAAGAGAAAGAAGCCUAUCAAGGCUCUUAAAUAUCUCUCAAUUAAGUCUCAAGAAUUACAUGAUUCCUUAUCAAAAUGGUCUGAAGAAAAAAAUUUUGUUUGGCCUCCAGGACACCUUGAUUCCUUACUGAUUUUCAAAGAGUUCAUGGACAGAAUUUCAGCUACUGGGCCCUUUCGAAGUCUUGUACAUUUGAUUCUUCUCCUCUCACACUCGGAUGAGAAAAGCGUUCAUCGUCUCCUCAGUCGAGUCACCUCUUCUAUUAUUGAUCUUACUAAAGAAGAAGAUGAUGAUGAUGAUGCAUGCUUAUUGCAAAUCAAACAGAGUUUGACGCCUAAACCACAAGGUACUAUUGCAUUUUGA